AUAUAUAACGCACAGUGCUAUCAGACGAAAGACACUCAAACUAACAGGAUGGCCUAGGCGCAGUGACUGAGAAAACCGUGAAUAGAAUGAAUGACACUACUGCAGAGCCUACGUACUCCUAUCCACAUCGCCCAGCACGGACAUCCUUCAAUAUUACGCGCGAGCUACACAUUGCAUGCUUACUGAAUGAUUCUGAGCGGGUCACUGAAUUGCUUGCGAUGGGAGCAAAUCGCGAUGCCAUUAGCCACGCUGGGUAUUCUGCGCUUGACGUAGCUGACUUGCUGAACCGAGUGAGCGUUGUUAAACGUCUCUUGGCACCUGUGAACAUCCGAGAGACCGGAAUGCUAGAGCUCAUGUACGCUAUCCGUCAGGGCAGAUCGACUGUUGUACAAGCUUUGCUGGAAAUGGGUCUUAAUGACCAGCUUCAGGACGAGGUAUUGUUCCGUGGUGUUUUCCUCAUGGCGUGCUAUAUUGGAACGACCUUUGUCGUCAAUGCUCUGGUCAAAUAUGGCCCAGGCCUUUCUAUCUCUCCUUUCGAGGAUAUGUUUGUUCAUGUUGCCAUGUUUCUGAACAAUACCGAAGUAGCUGAUACGAUUCGUGAUAUUGCUGACAUUGAACGUCGCAACAUGUUGAGAGGCGUCGAGGUGUGUGGUCUAAGAUAAAGGUCAAAUAUCUCAAAACCUGGUCAACACUAACUUCGAAUCAGGCAUAUAUGCUUUCAAGUCCGUACUUGGAAGCGACUGAGGACACCGACGAUUUCUUUUCUGAUUUCCUGAAUGACCCUAACACAUCCGACUUUAACGCAUCUCCUGAGCACGAUGAAUAGUUGUCAAUAAAUUCGUGGCUUUAAUCCGCUCUUCUGCUAGAGGCGGGAUACUGUAGCGAAAGCCUUGUUGAACCUAUCAUGUGGCCAUGUUAUAAUUCGGACCGAUAUGAAGAAAUUGGCUGCUGAACCUCUCCCGGACAUCUUCACUGCUGAAGAUAGGACUACAGACCUACUGCGCUUGAGCGAUAUUUAACACAAUAAACGAUAUGUACAAUUACGGGAUACAAUUUGACUCCAGAGGAAGAGCAAAGUUGACAAUUUGGUCCUUGGACUCUUCGCCUCUGAAUUGGAGUCAUACUGUACAAAAAGCGAGUCUUUAGAGUCCCUUUCUUACAAUCUCACCCAAGACUAAGGGGGAAAGGGGGGAGAAGGGAAAAAAAAUAUCAUCCUUAUUCCCUUAUGCAAUCAGCUUCUUAGGAUGGUGUUAGCCAAAUGAUGCAUUACUAGUAGUGUCCAGCAUUAAAUUGGGGUUGCAUCGCCCUACCCUGGGACAGUUA